AUGGAGUCAGAGGUCCCAAGACUCGUUUUCUAUGUCCUCGCUGAAACCGUUUUCGCUAUAUACAAAACUCAUCAACACUGGCCUCAGAUUCUUGAAUGGCUUGUGUCGUCUAUCGCUUCAAACGACGACGACAAGUUUCGUGAAGUCGCGCUGUUGGUUUUGUGUUCGUUGCCAAACGAUUGUUGUUUUCUUGUUUGCGAUGCUCUCCGCGACCGCCGCCGCCUUCUUCAUUCGUCGUUCUUGAUUUCUCUGGCGUCGUCGAACCCUAACGUUCAGGUUGCGUCGUUUGGUGCGGUUGUGAGUUUGGUUCGGUUGUUCUCUGAUCCUUCACUGUUCCAUGAGCUCUUACGCGCGAUGAUGGCUGGCGUGUUCACACUAUUGCACGGUUUCGAAGGUACCUAUUUUCGAAUCGCGUUCGUUGAGUUGAUAAAUCUAGUGUCUCAAGAGCCUCUUCUGUUGAAGCCUUACGUGAGUGACAUGGUUCUCGACGCGCUUCAGAUCGCGGAGAGUGAGGGUUUGACCAAAGAAACGCAUCGUUUGGCGUUUGAGUUGGUUAUGGCCAUGACUGAGGUAAAAGAGUACGGUGAACACGUGUGGCUGAACCUUCCUUCUCAAACUGUGGUUAGGUUGUUCCUCGUUUCUAUGAAAAUGCUUCUGUGUAUUGAAGAGGAUGGUGGUGUUGGUGACCAUGACCAUGACCAUGACCAUGACUUUGGAAUAAAGUGUUUGAAACAACUUUGUGUUACACUUGGAGGGAGUAAAGUAUUGGCAAUUGCUUCAGAACUGUUGCCUCUUUACUUGGAUUCCAAGGAAUGGAAGAAGCGCCAUGCUGGAAUUACACUGCUUACUGUGAUCUCAAAAGAGUUCUCUGAUGAAAUGGUAUUGAUGGAAAAUUUUCUUGGGGAAGUGCUGACCAAAGUUUUGAAUUCAUUCCAAGACUCUCAUGCUCAAGUUAGGUUGGCAGCUUUUAAUUUUAUGGAGACGCCUACAAACUUUGUCCAUGUGGCGCAAACCCUUUAUCAUCCUAGGCUUCUGAAUGCUUUUUCUAUUGCACUUGACAAUGAUCAGGACUAUAAAGUGAAGGAAAAAGCUGCCUCAGCAAUGCUAUUCUUUCUAAGGAACACUCUUCCAGAGAGCUUAACUAUGUUCAAGGACGUGGACACCGAAAUGGGCAAAUUGUUGUCAUUGCUUCAGGUAAAAAGAAGUGUUAAGCAAAGAAGAAUUGCUUUGUCAACUUUCAACUUAGUUGCACAGCGGUGUCAUGAAGUAGCUCACAAGUAGUCUUGGCGAGAGGAUUUUGUUAUUAGUAAAUCACAAUUAUUUAGUUGUAUUCACAUGCCCUAGUUUGCAUCAUGGUACCAUUUUCUUCUUUUUUGUCACCUUUUCCUACACCUCUUAACGUGCACAUCUAGACAGACCAGAGGGAAAUCAUCUGUGUUUGC